AUGGUGACAAGCGUUUGCCAGCUAAGACGAGAACUUGAUUUUCCUAUAUCCUCAAUGUGGGGCAAAGGGCGUCAACCACUCUUAACUUCGGACCACUUCCAUCCAAUAGCUCGUACCUCAGUCACAACUAAGGUCGCCGGGCUUGUUUGGGGUGGCCACGAUUAUAAUUUUACUUGGAGAGUCCAAUCUAGUGCAUGUUUGGGGAUGUGGUUGGGCUCGGAUCUACUCUUCGAAGGGCGAAUCUCCACUUGCGAUGAAAGUCUGGUGGUCGAUUGGCGUUUCCCAGCAGCGUUUCUGCAGUAUUCAUUAGAAAUCUUCUCAGGCUAA